AUGUCGAUCGGUGUACCAAUCAAGUUACUUCAUGAAGCUCAAGGUCAUAUUGUAACUCUAGAAUUAAACAAUGGAACUGUUUACAGAGGCAAAUUAUCUGAAGCCGAAGAUAACAUGAAUGUACAACUUCGAGAGAUCACUGUAACAGCACGAGAUGGUCGUGUCUCACAAUUAGAUCAAGUGUACAUUAGAGGUUCACACGUUCGAUUUUUCAUUGUACCUGAUAUGUUGAAAAAUGCACCAAUGUUCAAAAAAAUUGUAGCAAGAGCUCAAGCGCGAGGCGGACGUGGAAGAGCUUUCCGAGGUGCACCUCGUGGUCGUACCGGUCGUCCUUAA